AACACAGUGCUUGUUGACAGGGUGGUCAACCUUUUUGUUGCUCUGGUUCUGUAGUGAUGUAAUGCAGAUGUUUUCCCAGGACACAAAACUGCCAGACACCUGGAACUCAAACACCUCCAACUGACUUCUCGAUGGCUCAACUGAAGCAGCAGCAGUGGUUAAGGUGCUCCCUCCAGCUCACCCUGAUACUUUGCCUGCGCUGCCCUGCCGGACGUGCUGCUCCUCAGGACGCCCGCUUCUACCCCACCCCUCAACAGGAGUGUGUUGGCUCACGGCCUGAUGUCUGUGGAGUGUGUGCAGGCAAUGGCUCCUCCUGUGAGCUGGUCAGUGGAACGUUCUCACGCUUUGCGCUUUCUGUGGGGUACCAUAAAGUCCUGGAGAUUCCCUCAGGAGCGCACCGUAUCAAAAUUCAGGAGACCGUCAAGAGUAGUAACUACCUUGCUCUCAGAACGGCUACCGGUCAGUCAGUCAUCAACGGCGACUGGGCCAUCGAUCGCCCGGGUCAAUUCCAGGCUGCUGGGACUCAGUUCACAUACCGCCGGCCCAAUGAGAUCCGCAGUCGUGCUGGGGAAUCCAUCACUGCCCAAGGGCCACUGAAUCAGGACUUACAUCUCUAUGUGAUAUACCAACAGCCCAACCCCAGCAUUAACUAUCAAUACAUUCUGCCAAAGCUCCACCUGCUGGACACAGAAAGCACAUAUAAUUCAACACACUCUCAUAUACUUCCUCUGGUGGAGACUCAUGCAGUUGAUGAGAGUGACAAUCUGGUGCCCUCAAACUCAGUGACUCUCCCACUUUACACCUGGGUUGCCAUGACAACUACGCCAUGCAAGCUCCACCUGUGGCACAGCAUUAACUAUCAAUACAUUCUGCCAAAGCUCCACCUGCUGGACACAGAAAGCACAUAUAAUUCAACACACUCUCAUAUACUUCCUCUGGUGGAGACUCAUGCAGUUGAUGAGAGUGACAAUCUGGUGCCCUCAAACUCAGUGACUCUCCCACUUUACACCUGGGUUGCCAUGACAACUACGCCAUGCAGCUCCACCUGUGGCACAGGUAAACGUCAGAUAUUUUUUAGCUGUGUGGAGCGGGCGACUCAGACCACUGUUUCAGGAGACUUCUGUAAUCACAGCGUUCGCCCUGUUCCUCAAGAGGAGACAUGCUCCAUCCAACACUGCCCUGCUUUUUGGGAUGUGGGUGAGUGGUCUGAAUGCAGCAGGACGUGCGGUCUGGGUCUCCAGCAUCGUCAGGUGCUCUGUCGCCAGACUCAGGCUCACCAUGGGAACAUCACGAGCAUCAUAACCGUGGAGACGCAGCAGUGCGGCCACACUGAGAGGCCAGAGACGAGUGUGCCGUGUCAGCUGCAGAUCUGCAGUGAGUGGCAGAUCCGGACUGAGUGGACAGAGUGCUCAGUGCCUUGUGGGGUGGGCCAGCGCAGCCGAGAGGUGGUGUGCGUGUCCAAUCUAGGCGACGUGGACGCUGAUGACCAGUGCAAUCUAGCACUGAAACCGCCUCACCUGCAGAAUUGUGACAUGGGACCUUGCGCUCGCAGCUGGUACUUCUCCACCUGGAGCCAGAGAUGCUCUGCAGACUGUGGCGUGGGCUGGCGCAGCAGGACGGUGGUGUGUGUGGACAGUGCUGUGAGUGCUCUGCCCCUAGAUGGGUGUGAGGGGGAGAGGCCAGCUGAGCUGAGCACCUGUGACCUGGGCUCCUGUCAGCACAGAGUAGAAUGGUACACAGGACCCUGGGGACAGUGUUCGUCCGAGUGUGGCAGUGGCACGCAGAGUCGGGGUGUGCUGUGUGUUCUCCAGGGGCAGGGCCAGUUGGAGGUGACCUCUGAGACCAACUGCUCUCACCUGCCCCGCCCUCCUGACACACAGCCCUGCCAUCUCAGCACCUGCAGGACGCAGUGGUACCUAACAGACUGGAGCAGUUGCUCUCGCUCCUGCGGCGGUGGCUAUCGGGUGCGGGAGGUGCGUUGCCUGACUGAUGACCUGACCCCGAGUGAUGGCUGUGACCCCAGUUUGGCCCCAGAGAGUGGUGAGGAGUGCAACACACAGCCCUGUCAGCCUGAGAGAGAUGAGUCGUGCCAAGACCUCUACUUCAACUGUGAGCUGGUGGUCCAGGCCCAGCUGUGCGUGUACGACUACUACCGCACAACCUGCUGUGCGUCCUGCUCCCGUGCCAGCAAGAAGGACUCCCGUCACGCUUUAAGAUGAGCCCACAGGGAGAGGUCAUCUGACUCUUCACCCCACCUCAGUGCAGAGCAGCCUGCCCUUACAGGGCUGACGUGAAGGACAAGACAAUGCUCAUAGUGACCCGAGGCCAGUCUGCUCAGGGCUACUGCAUCAGAGCACAGCUAUUCUCAUCUGCUGGGGAUUGCACUGUGCUUUGCUACUCAAGAUCCUUACACAACAACAAGUAGGACUAAAUCAUAAAUAAUCAGGAUAGAUAUUCUUGGAAAAACUGAAUAAUGGUAUUUUCUCCCAUUUUUUGAUCAAUGAAAUAAAAUUGUAUCCUAGUUUUUCAUAAAAA